GAUCCCAAUAUGAAGCGUGUUUUUUUCAUCGAUCCAAAACUUCUUCACACCCUAUCCAAAUAUAGAUCAACUUCAAGGAUAAGACAGAAAUAAUGGUUCAAGUUAAAUCACUUUGGUUCACUUCAUUACUGGUCUUACCAGCUAUCGUGUCUGCUCAAUCAACAUCUGCUUGUAACCCUUUGUCAUCAAGUUCUUGUGCUCCAGAUAAAGCUUUGGCUACUUCUUUUGCUGAAGAUUUUAAACAAGAAUCAAAGUGGUUCUCCCCAUCAUCAACUAAAGAUGAAGUGCAUUAUACUGAUGAAGGUUUAAAGUUGACUUUGGCUAAAAGAUUUGAUAAUCCAUCUUUAAAAUCAAAUUUUUACUUGAUGUAUGGUAAGCUGGAGGUUAUCUUGAAAGCUGCACAUGGUACUGGUAUUGUUUCUUCAUUUUAUUUACAGAGUGAUGAUUUGGAUGAAAUAGAUUUGGAAUGGAUUGGUGGUGAUCAAACUCAAGUUCAAACAAACUUUUUCUCAAAAGGUAACACUUCAACUUAUGAUAGAGGUACUUUCAAUCAAGUUGACAGUCCACAGACUCAAUACCAUAAUUAUACUAUUGACUGGGGUAUGGAACAAUUAGUUUGGUAUAUUGAUGGACAAGCUGUUAGAACUCUCAAAAAUGAUACCAGUGACGGUUACCCACAAAGUCCAAUGUAUGUUAUGCUUGGUAUUUGGGCUGGUGGUGAUCCAGAUAAUGCUCCAGGUACUAUUCAAUGGGCUGGUGGUGAAACAGAUUAUUCUAAAACCCCAUUUAGUAUGUACGUUGAAAGAAUUGUUGUUUCUGAUUACUCAAGUGGUACUGAAUACAAAUACACUGACCAAUCUGGUGACUGGACAUCUAUUGAAGCUGUUGAUGGUAAAGUUAAUGGUAGAAUGGAUGAUGCUGAAGAUGAAUUUGAAACUUUAGUUGCUGGUGGUACUAUUGACUCAUCUAGUAAAACAAGCUCUGGUUCUUCCUCUUCAUCUGAAUCAGAAUCGUCUUCUUCAUCUGAAGAACAAUCAUCUUCAUCAUCCGAUUCUUCAUCAAGCAUCCAUGAUGGUUUAUCAAGUUCAAGAUCAAGAGUUGAUCAUAUCUAUUCAUCUUCUGCGUCAUCUUUAGUUACAAGAUCUGAAUCUUCAAGCAAUGUUAGAAAUGCAGUUUCCACCACUUCUGGUUCAGCUGCUUCAUCAGCAACAAAUUCAACAGGUGCUAGUGGCUCAUCAGAAGCUUCACCAACUAAUAGUUCCUCAUCUACACAUUCCGUUACUGAAUCAAGUGGUGCUGGAUUAUCAUUAUUCUAUCCACAACCAAUUGGUAAAAGUGGGAUGAAAGCUAUCAUUUUUAGUGUCGGUAUGACACUUGGUAUCAUGUUACUAAUGUAAUGAUCAAAUUAUUUAUUCAUGUUCUGUUUAUUUGUUCUAAAAGGAAAUUGGUUGUGAUAUUUUUUUAUUUUUAAUUUUGAUGGUGGAUUCACUGAUAGGUUUGAUUUUUUUAGAAAAAAAGAGAGAGAAAGUGCAUUGUAUACAUCUUUUCAUAUAUUCAUCUUUAAUGACAUUUGUUCUGUUGCUAGUUUAUAUAAA